GACCACAAUAUAAUUAGCAAAUACAUACAAAACACUAAUAUUCCCCUACCGGAGGUUGAUAACCAACACAACCAACAACCUUCCAGUUGGACUUUCCGGCCACCGCCGGAGCUCGAUAUCUACGUACCAUCCAUGGAAGACGACAACAACAACGACGACACGCAAUCACCAAACGAAAACGAAACGUUCCACGAUAGCGUUGAAGGAGAUAUAAUCAUAACAAAACACGAAAAACAACAAACAACCUCGGUUGCAGCAGAAAUGAAGAAAAAGAAAAGAAAAGCAUUACUCGACUUUCGUUUACGCCUUGAAGACGCCAUAUAUAAACGUUCACUCGUCGGAGAAAAAUACAAAUCACGAAAAAACCUUAAAGAAAUCGAGCUUUGGGGGGUCCCAUUAUUACCUAGUAAAGGUUACGGAAAAACAGACGUCGUUUUAAAGAAAUUCUUGAAAGCCAAAGAUUACAACGCGCAAAAUGCGCUUGAAAUGCUUGGAAACACGCUAAUGUGGAGGGAAGAUUUUAAUAUCGAUAAACUUUUCGAUGAAAACUUUGGGGGUGAUCUUGAAAAUAUUGGUUGUAUUGAAGGGAUAGAUACAGCUGGACAUCCAUUGUGUUAUCAGUGUUAUGAAGUGUUUAAGGAUAGAGAAAUAUUAAGGAAGAGAUUAGGGACUAAAGAAUCUGUUAAUGAGUUUUUACGUUGGCGGAUUAAGUUAAUGGAAGGAUGUAUACGGAAACUUGAUUUUAAACCCGAUGGUUGUGAUUCGGUUAUACAAAUUAUUGAUGUGAAGAAUAUACCUAGACCGUUUCUGAAUGAAAUGGUUCAAGGUAGCAAGACGUAUUUUUCCAUCUUGCAGGAUCAUUAUCCCGGGAUUAUAUAUCGAUUUGUGAUUGUUAAUGUUCCUAUGUGGUUUUUCGCGUUUUAUACCUUGAAUAUGCGAUUAAUGACGAGAAGGUACAAAGUCAUGUAUGUGAAGCCAUCAGCAAUUACGGAUACUCUUCUCAAAUUCAUAAAGCCAGAACAACUUCUAGCUCAAUAUGGAGGUGUAAGAAGGCAAGGCGGAGAAUUCUCGCCGGAUGAAAAAGUUACAGAACUUAAGCUAAAAAUUUACGGAACAGAGAGCAUCGAAAUUCCUAUGACAGAGACGGGGAUGACAAUAUAUUGGGAUUUAACAGUUACCGGAAGCGAGGUAAAUUAUAAGGAAGAAUUUGUACCAGAAGAUGAAGGUUCAUAUAAUGUGUUGGUUUCAAAAGGAAAGCAAAUUGGGAGAAUGUCUUCAAACUCAUUUCAUGUAACUGAGCCUGGCAAAAUUCUCAUUACAUUUGCUAAUCCUACUUCUAAAAGUAGAAAGGUCUUUUAUAGAUACAAACUUAAACCCAUUGCCCCCAUGAAUGCUAUAUCAGUUACAGAUUAG